GACUGGAAGUGGUGGACACGACCAAGCUGGCUGGGCUACCCAGCUUCUCGCAGAGUGAGUUCCAGCAGCUGCUGUCCAACCUGAUGGACUUCAAGGUGGACCUGAAGCUGGAGAUGCAGAAGCUGCACCAGCGCAUCGGCCGGCUGGAGGGCUCGCUUGCGGACGUGUCGCGUCGCAUACCUCCCACCCAGCGGCAGGCGGCCGACCUCAGCCCGCCGCUACUGCCAUCUGGCGGUGCGGCAGUGAGCCGCGAGGCGGUCGCUUCCGACAGUGGCGCCGCCGAGCGGACCGACCGUGGCGCCUCUCAGCGGGUGUUUGUACAAAAGUCGCGGUCGCGCGAUGCGGCAGCGCCCCCGAAGCGGGCGGCAGCCAAGCCCCGCAGCCGGUCGGCCGUGGCGCGAGCGAGCGAGCUCAGUCCGACCGACUCGAUGGUGCAGCGCAUGCUGGAGGAGGAGAUUGGCCUGUUCCCCUUCAAGACUUGA